AUGGUGUCCAGGGAAAAACAUCCACAGUGGAGAAGUCUGUCUUCUCUAUUUUCAUGCUGCCACAGAGGAAGUGACCAACCAGAAAUCACUCACUGUCAAGAAAAUGUCAGUGUUGUGACUGUAGUGGAGCCAACACUUCCCAUGCCUCCUGCUCAAGAGCUGAACUCCAUGUUCACUGAACUGGUGGAUGAACUGGACCUUACAGAGGAGCACAGAGCUGGUAUGUUUGCUUUGCCAGCAGAGAAAAAAUGGCAGAUCUACUGCAGUAAGAAAAUGGAGGCAGAGGAGAAUAAAGCAACCUGUUUUCCAGAGUUUUAUACUGACCAGCUCAAAUCCAUGGCUGCUAGGAAAACUCUGCUGGCGUUGGAGGGUGAGGAAGGUCAGAGCCGGCAAGAAAUAAUAGAAGAUUUGAAAACAGCAUUGAGGACACAGCCAAUGAGCUUUGUGACACGAUUCAUUGAGGUGGAUGGGCUGUCUUGUAUCCUGAAUUUUCUCAAGUCAAUGGAUUAUGAGACUGCAGAGUCUCCUGUCCACACCUCAUUGAUUGGUUGCAUCAAAGCUCUGAUGAACAAUUCUCAGGGUAGAGCUCAUGUCCUGGAGCACAAUGAGAGCAUUACCAUCAUUGCACAACGUCUUACCACUGAAAACAUCAAAACCAAGGUUUCCAUUUUAGAGAUCCUUGGUGCAGUGUGCUUGGUGCCAGGAGGCCAUAAGAAAGUCCUAGAAGCAAUGCUGUACUUCCAGAAAUAUUCCUCAGAGAGAACUCGUUUUCAGAACCUGCUGUCUAACUUGGACCGAUCCACAGGCCGCUACAGAGAUGAAGUUGAUCUGAAGACUGCCAUCAUGUCUUUUAUCAAUGCUAUGCUCAGCCAGGGACCCGGAGAGACUAGCCUGGAAUUCCGUAUCCAUUUGCGUUACGAAUUCCUGAUGUUGGGCAUUCAACCAGUCAUUGACAAACUACGUUCCCAUGAAAACGACACCCUGGACAGGCAUCUGGACUUCUUUGAGAUGUUGAGAAAUGAAGACGAGGCUCUAAUGUCCAAACGCUUUGAUGUUGGUCAUAUAGAGAGUAAAAGUGCCCGCCAGAUGUUUGAACUGAUCAAGAAGAAUCUAAACCACACAGAAGCUUACCCUCACUUCCUGUCUGCCCUGCAGCACUGUGUCAUGAUGCCAUAUAAGCAGAAUAGCACAACACUUCAGUCCUGGGGGAUAUUGGACCGAAUAGUUCAGCAGCUCGUUCUGCAAACAGACAAAGGUGAAAACCCUGAUGUCACUCUGCUGGAGGACUUCAACGUUAAACGCAUUGUUCACAUGCUGGUGAAAGAGAACGAGGUCAAACAAUGGAAAGAACAAGCUGAUAAAAUGAGAAAGGAGCAUCAGAACUUACAGCAGCGUUUUGAAAAGAAAGAAAAAGAAUGUGACACCAAAAAUAAGGAAAAAGACGACAUGAUGGAAACACUGCACAAGAUAAAAGACAAACUGGAGCAAGAAAGCAAGAAUCACAAGCAAGCUAAACUCAUAGUAACAGAACUGUCUGCUCAACUGCAGCAAUUCAGCUCUACUUCCAUUGUUCCAGGGGGUCCUCCUGUGACAUCCAGGAAUUUAGUUCCUGCUGAUCCCAUCCCAUCUACCUCUGCUCCUUCUAUUUCUCCUCCUCAUCCCCCUCCUCCACCACCUCCUCCACCACCUCCUCCAGGAGGCCCACCAGUGUUUGGCAUGGCUCCAUUUGCCCCACUUCCAGGAGCUUCGCUAGGAACAGCCCAGAAGAAGAACAUCCCUAAGCCAUCUAAUCCACUGAAGUCAUUCAACUGGAGUAAACUGCCUGAGAGCAAGACAGAGGAAACCAUAUGGAUGGAGAUUGAUGACCUCAAUGUAUUUAAAGUGCUGGAUCUUGAAGAGUUCCAGAGGAUGUUCUCAGCUUAUCAGAAGCCGCAAAGGGAUACUGAGGAUGACCAUGCUUUUGCAAAGAAAGUCAAUGAGCUGUCAGUCAUUGAUGGUCGCCGAGCACAGAACUGUAAUAUUCUGCUCUCACGGCUAAAGCUGACCAAUGAUGAGAUCCGCCAUGCCAUUCUGACCAUGGAUGAACAGGAAGACUUGCCUAAAGACAUGCUGGAGCAGCUCCUGAAGUUUGUUCCUGAGAAAAGUGACAUUGAACUGUUGCAAGAUCAUAAACAUGAACUGGAUCGUAUGGCCAGAGCAGACCGUUUCCUGUAUGACAUGAGCAGAAUCAAUCACUAUCAACAGAGACUCCAGUCUCUCUACUUCAAAAAAAAGUUUGCUGAAAGAGUGGCUGAGGUCAAACCGAAAAUCAAAGCUCUGUGUCUUGCAUCCAAGGAGGUGGUACAGAGUGGAACACUGCGUCAACUUCUUGAGGUGGUUCUGGCCUUUGGGAACUACAUGAACAAAGGGCAACGAGCAAAUGCAUAUGGAUUCAAAGUGUCCAGUCUCAACAAGAUCGCUGACACCAAAUCAAGCACUGACAAAAACAUCACUCUGCUCCACUACAUCGUCAUUUUGCUGGAAGAGAAGUACCCGAAGGUGGCAGCUUUCAGUGAAGAGCUACAGAAUGUGCCAGAAGCGUCAAAAGUCAAUAUGGUGGAGUUGGAGAAGGACAUCAACAUCCUGAGAUCUGGCCUAAAAAGUGUUGAGGCAGAGCUGCAGUACCAGCAGGUUCAGUCCUCUCAGAGCGCUGCUGAUAAGUUUGUCCCUGUGGUAAGUCAGUUCAUCACUGUGGCCUCCUUCAGCUUCUCUGACAUAGAGGAGUCCCUCAGCGAAGCCAAAGAACUGUUUGCAAAAGCAUUGAGACACUUUGCAGAAGACUCCAACAUGCUGCCGGAUGAGUUCUUUGGGAUUUUCAACAAUUUCCUCACAGCAUUCUCUGAGGCAAAACUGGAUAAUUACAACACGGCCAGGCGCAAAGAGGAGGCGGAAAGAAGGGCACUUAUGGAGGCACAGCUAAAGAGAGACAGAGAGGCAAGGAUAAGGAAAACCAAAGCAAGUGAAAAAGAGGAGGGCGGUGAGUUUGAUGACUUGGUGUCUGCUCUGCGAUCUGGAGAGGUGUUUGAAAAGGAUCUGUCUAAAAUGAACCACAGAAAACAACGUAGACACAACCUGGUCGACAGCAGCCGUGAGAGACCAGUAACAAAACUAAACCAGUAAGAUGACACUUUAUGGACAACACCACCGCGCUGGGACUUUUACAACUCUGCUGAAACACAUGGAUGCCUCAGUACACUGUUAUAGACGUGGAGUUAUUUUCACUUAAAUCUACAUUCUAGUUCAUGGUUUAAGGUUGUAUAGAAUACAUGCUAUAUAAGCAUGUACACACAAUACAUGUAUGCACAAAAACAACAAUUUGUGUGUUCUUUCACCAGCCAUGUUUAUGUUUUGGCAGUUCAUCGUGUUAUGCUGCUGUGAAAUGUUUAGCUAGCUAUGUCUAAUUUUUAGCUUGUGUGUAAUAAAUAUCUCUAGCAUUGUGAGAGGUUUGUUAUUUUGGACUUCAGUGUUCAGUUCCCUGUUGUUAAUCCAGCCUUUUGCUAAGUUAGCUUGCCUGUUCACCCUCUCUUGCUCACUGCCCUGGUUAGUUUGGUUUGUCUGUUUAUC